UUGAAGCGAUAGCUCGCGGCUCGUACUGUGUCGGUCAGCGAAAAACUCGGAACGACUCCAUAUUUGUUUGUGUGUUUAAUUUCUGUUAGAUCUCUUUAUUUUAUUUGUGAGUAUUAACAAAAUUUAACACUGUGGCGAAGGUGACACCGUUCCCGAGUAUGAGUUAUUCCGGAAGGAAUAAAUUCGAGAUUUCUCGAUUUACGGGCGAUGAUGACAAUCAUAUAAACAAAAAGCUGCCAAAAGAACUGAUACUUCGUAUACUUUCCUACCUGGAUGUUGUGUCACUAUGCCGAUGUGCUCAGGUUUCAAAAUUAUGGAAUAUCCUCGCUCUCGAUGGCUCCAACUGGCAGCGUAUAGACUUAUUUGACUUCCAGAGAGAUGUAGAGGGUCCAGUGAUAGAAAACAUAUCUCAGCGAUGCGGUGGAUUUUUGCGAGAGCUGUCUCUACGCGGGUGCGAGAGCAUCGCGGAUGGCUCCAUCAAGACGUUGGCGCAGUCUUGUCCGAAUAUUGAAGAUCUGAAUUUGAACAAAUGCAAGAAACUCACAGAUCAGUCCUGCCAAGCCCUAGGGAGAAGAUGUAGCAAGUUGCAAAAAAUCAAUUUGGAUUCCUGUCCGAGCAUAUCAGAUAUAUCGCUGAAGGCAUUAUCAGAUGGAUGUCCACUUCUAACUCACGUGAACGUGUCAUGGUGUCAGUCGAUCACGGAGAAUGGCGUGGAGGCGCUGGCGAGGGGCUGCCCCAAGCUGAAGAGCUUUAUCUGCAGAGGUUGUAAAAACGUAAACGACAGAGCGGUGUCCUGCCUCGCCACAUACUGCCCCGACCUGGAGGUGCUCAAUGUGCAGGGAUGUGAUACGUUGACGGACGAGUCAAUAUCACAGCUAGGCGGGUCGAUGCGACGGCUGUGCGUGUCGGGGUGCUCGCGCUUGACGGACGCGACGCUCGCGGCGCUGGCGGCGCGCUGCCCAGACCUCGUCACGCUGGAGCUGGCGCAGUGCGCGCAUCUCACAGACGUCGGCUUCCAGGCGUUGGCCCGGAGCUGCAGAAUGUUAGAGCGUAUGGACCUAGAAGAAUGUGUUCUGAUCACUGAUUCGACGCUGGUGCAUUUAGCAAUGGGCUGCCCUAGGAUAGAAAAACUGACGCUGUCCCACUGCGAGCUUAUAACCGACUUUGGAAUCAAACAACUUUCGAUGUCACCCUGUGCGGCGGAACACCUCACUGUUUUAGGUCUUGACAAUUGUCCGUUGGUGACGGACGAGGCGCUCGAGCACCUGACGUCGUGUCACAACCUGCAGCUCAUAGAGCUGUACGACUGUCAGCUCGUCACCAGGAACGCGAUACGGAAGCUCAGGAAUCAUCUCCCGAACAUACGCGUGCAUGCGUACUUCGCCCCGGUGACGCCCCCCGCGACGGCGGGCGGGGCGCGGCCGCGCUACUGCCGCUGCUGCAACAUCAUUUGAACGCGCUUCGCUCCCCGCGGGAACCACCACCCGGUUCCCGGAACCACGACCCGGUUUCUGGAACCACGAACCGGUUCCCGGAACCACGACCCGGUUCCCGGAACCACGACCCGGAUCUAUGAAGACUUCCUCACUUCUGACCAAGUUAUCGUAGGGCUUCAUAGUUUGAGUUUAAUGCGUAACGCGACGUGAACUCGCCUAAAUAUUGUCCGGGUCACUUGAGGUCUACGAGAUAUUUCAACUCGCUAUACAACUAUACAUUUAUUUUAUAAACUUAACACUUUACUGUUAAUCAUUGUUUUAAACGUUUUCUAGGUAAAUAUUACUAGAUUGAUUAUUAUGUAAGGUGAUAUGAUAUGACUUGUGAUAGCGGGGCAAUAGAUGAUGCUUUUAUUUUUUUGAGACGACGAAACGACUAGCAGUUAUUGAAUCAAGAUUCAAAAUAUAAUGUAUAUUUUUUGUUUACACAAAAUGGCCGAUUUAUCGAAAUAUUUUAUCAUUAAUUUUUGUUUACAUACUACUAAACUAGGUUACUUUAAGUAGUCAUUGCAUGUAGUUUUAAUGAUUACUAACAUUAACUCCUAACAUGGACCUUUAAUUGCAUUUAUUAAAUAUUUAAAUGUCCACCUAGUUCUUUCUUAUGAAUGAUUUAUAAGAUUAAGUGUCCGCCAUUAUUAUUUUGUACUUAUAAGCUGCCUGUCGGCCAUUUUGUAGUUUCGAUUUGAUCGCAAAAAUUGAUCGACAUGAUAUAUUUUUCUACAUAGAAUUAUUUUAUCAUCAGUCAGUAGAUGUGUAAGGUAGGGUGGAUUUCAAUGUGUCUUAGAAUGUGAACGGUGAACCAACGUAAUUGUUAACGCUUUAAAAUGUUAAACGUAGGAUAGAGAAGAAUAAUUAUAUAGUGCUUACUCGAUAACGUCA